AUGAGCACGCGGUUCCACCCGCGCGCAAGUAUCGUGUACGUUGGCUCGGAUUUCCACCCGAGCAGGAUACAACUGGUCGACGACCUGAGUGUUCUCGCGGUGAGCGAGAUCGAGACGAAAGACGACUGUGUCGUGGUGAAGCGUCACUACGACUACGAGACCAAGAGCGAUUGCGAGAAUGUCUUGGUGAAUCGUCACCGCGACGACGAGAUGAAGAACGACGACGAGGUUGUCGUGUUGAACGUGUAUCACCACGACCACGCGAACAAGAACGUCGUGUCGAGCGCGUGGCACCACGACCACGCGGACGAGAACGUCGUGGCGAGCGCGUGA